AUGAUACAAUCAUGGGGUGGCCCAGUGACCCCUGGUCUGGCUUUAAUAUUUGCGGAGGGGGUGACCCCGUUGCACCUCGCCACGUUCGAUGGCGCGUUGGACACCAUGAAAACCCUGAUUCAAGCGAGGGCCAACUUCGAGGCCCAAGACUGCCAUGGACAAACACCUUUCUUCUUUGUCCCGAACAGGCGGACGUGUGUGAUUCUUGCUGACGCAGCAGCUGAUCCGAAUGUUCUCAACCACAAAGGCCAAACGCCGCUGCAUUUGGCGGCUCAUGCGGGCUUGAAUGAUGCAGCUUCUUUUCUGCACAUGCAGUGCUUCCUCGCAGUGUCGUGGUGUCAGGACAAACAUGGUCGAACUGCAGUGUAUUGUGCGGCUCACUCAAAUCUCAAGCCUACCAUUUUGCUGCUCUUGCCUCAGCUUCUUGUAGCAUUUGGGCAGGACUGA